GCUCGUGUUCGAAUCCUUGCCAAAUCUAAUUGUCCGGUGGGAGAUGUAGCGUUCUCCCGUUAAUCCCAGCGGUGCCAUUAUGACCUAAGUGUUGUGGCGCCUAAUGUGAUAAUUUCCAUUUAUUGUUUUUCUUUUCUGUUCAUCGCUAAGGCUGAACCAUCGAUGCUUCACAGGCCGAGCAGAACACGCAUGAAUAAGGGCCACUUUUUAAUUGACACCUCUGCUGCUUUCAAAAGGCUGUAUCUAAGUGGUGGGUUUUUAAGGCUGUUUUUACGGCUACAGUGACAGAUUAAGACACUUUCUACAUUAUGUAAAGGAUAAACACGAACGAACCCAACCAGUGGUUUUGAAAACAGUCGUGGUGAUCGAGCAAGCAAAGCGUUUCAGAAUUCUACAGGUUUUAGCAAGUUGGAGCGAAUCUAUUUAACCUAGGACGACUUUCCCGUACACUGUCUGCAAUCUCUUACAGAACAGCAUCCUCUCGCUUAAGAUAUCACACUUAAAAAUGUGCAAUGAACAAUAGAGACGCUGUGAGUGAAGCAGUUAAGACGAGGCUCGAACCAAAUGAACCUCAGAGAACGUGGAGGAAGAGGAAGGACGAAGGAACACCGGCUCAGUUCCCAUCCAGACUUUGAUGUGGGUAGACGCAUUUUUCUUGACUUCAGUAACCGGAGGGGAGAUGCAGUGCGGAAGUGAAAGUGGCCUGUGGUUCGUCGUGCUGAGCGUCCUGCGAGACGUGAGGACACCAGACAAGGCACGCAUUGCCUCUGCCCUCAGUGUCCUGUGUCACGGUGCCGCCGCGUCGCGCCACAUGUCUGCCAGCGAAUGGAAGUCGAAAGUGGCGUGUUUCAGUGCGUCUUUUCGGACCGUUUACCAUGACAGUGGAGGUGGUGAUCAUCCUUCAGUACUGCUCGAGUUGAUGGUGCCGCUUCCUGUGACGGCGUGGCGAGUUGCGUUGUGUGGCACUGUCUGGAGCGGGAGGGUGCCCACGUCACUAGUGGCUCACCUCACCUGGGUGGGGCCGGCACUCCUAGGCGGAAAAAGUAAUCACGUGUCGCCUGUUCCGAGGGUAGAAGUGAAGACGACGACCAAUGCAGGAGAAUGAAGGAUACGAACAGGAGGGUAAAGUGUAGGAGACCGAUGCAGGAGCGAGUGACAACUGGAAUACGAACAGGAAGAAAGAAAGGAGACGUGCAGACUGCCUGCAUA